AUGGAUUCGAAUGAUUCAAAAAUCGAAAUGGAAAUAGUUCAACAACAGGGACAAGUGGAGGAUUUGGUGCGCCGGGUGACCCCGUUUUCACUUCACGUCGAGGAUGGCCUUCAAGGCAGUAGUGUUGGAACUCGAUUCCGCCCUCUUUCUCUUCAGUUACCUAAGCCUCUUUUUCCUAUUGCCGGCGUUCCACUUGUGGAACACCAUAUCGACCAACUUUCACAG